CUUUUAAAACCUUUUUUUUUUAAUCAAAAAGAAAAAAAAUACUACAGUAUUUUUAAAAAGUUAUCUAAUAAUAAUAAUAAUUUAAUAAUACAUUAUAUAAUUUCUUCUUCUUAAAGGCCGGGCGCUUAGAAAAAAAAGAUAACUUUAUACAACUCCUACUCCUACUCAACAUUAUCAUUCAACAAUAACUUUGUCGGGGAUUCCAAUUAUAAUCUUUCAUUUUUAAAAUCCUUUUUUUAACGACAUCUUUUAACGAACAACUCCACUAUACUCUACUCUCAUAAUAUAUAUAUGAUAUAAAAGAUGGGUGAUUUGAUGUUCACUAUUUCGACAGGGUUGGCUGUAAUACUUUGUAUUAUACCAGGAAUCUUUCAUUUACAAACUAGAAAUUAUGGUGCUAUAUUUAUGACUAUGUGGGUCUUGAUUGCAAAUUUUAUAACUUUCGUGAAUUCAAUUUUAUGGCCUGAUUAUGAAAUUUUGGAAGAUAAGGCGGAAAUUUGGUGUUUGGUUUUUGCUUCCCCUUUUUAUCUUGCUGCAGGUUUUGGUCUCUUGGGUUCUGCUACUUGUACUAUUUAUACUAUGUACUCUUAUGUUGCUUCCCCCAUUAUUUUGACUGUACAAGUUAAAAAACGUCAGGCUUUAAUAGCUUUUGUAAUUACUGUGGUAAUCCCUUUUAUUCUCACUGGUUUAAGUUAUAUAGUUCAAACUGCUAAAUAUAGUAUACGUCCUAUUCUUGGAUGUGCUAAUGUACAUCAACAAAAUUGGUUCUUCUUCGUCGUGGAUAAUAUGUGGCCUCCAAUAAUAGCUAUAGUUGGAUGUUAUUAUGCUGGUUUAACAUCUUACGCUAUUAUCAAAAAACGUAUCGAAAUUAAAUCCCUUUUGGCUUAUAAUGAAUCUGGGAUAAAUACUUCUUAUUAUUAUCGCUUGGUCCUUUUCUGUGUAACUUACCUCAUAUUUGCUUUACCUGCCGCUCUUCUUAAUACCUUCUCAAAUCUUUUGGAAGGUUUCGUCCCUUUUGAUAUGAGUGAGAGAAAUUGGCACUCCAUUACUAGAUUCCCGGGUGAAAAUCAUGGUGUAACUUUUGUUGAUUAUGCAAAACCUCUUUCCGGUUUUAUUUUAUUCAUUUUCUUUGGAACUGGUCAAGAAGCUGUCUUAACUUAUAAAAGAUGGCUUGUUGCUGCAAAAUUGGAUAAAAUUUUCUGUUGCUUAUUUCCUUCAAAUAAUGAUGAUCAAUCAAGAAAUAAUUCUAAUAUUAAUGGUAAUGUUGGAACUCUUAGAUCUUUUCAAGGUCAAUUAAGUUUUGGAAAACAUUCUGUACCAAGAACUCCAAGAACUCCUAGAACUCCAAGAUCUCCAAGAUCUCGUCAAUCUAUUUCAGAUGAUUCUCCAAAAAUAAUUACUCCUCCACCAAGAGCUAUGAUUGAUAAAGAAAAGAAAUCUGGAAUGAAAAAUAUUUUAUAUUUGACAGGUCAUCGUACUCCAAGUGAACAAGCUGCUUUUGAUCUCACUUCUGGUUUAAGAAUGAAUAUUGAUGGUAUAGAUACUCGAACUGUUAUAAAUGAAGUUGAUGAAGAUUUACAUGAAAGACCUGCUCCUGCUUAUCAUCAUCGAGGAAUUCAAGAAACUUUAGAAAUUGAUGUUGAUAAUGAUGAUUUCGGAGUAAAUCGUUAUGUUGAGGAUGAUAUCAAUGAUGAUUUUGAUACAAACCGUUAUAUUGAGGAUGAUGAUGAUUUUGGAACAAAUCGUUACGUUGAAGGAGAUGAUGAUUUGGCCUUAGAAUAUUCCACACCAUUACCAUCACAGCCCCAAAUGAGUUUUGGUGGUGGUAGUGUCAGUCAUAUUAAUCAUUUGUUAGCCGUUUAUGAUGAAACCGUUCCAUCCAUUAAUGUUACUCCUUCCUCACCAUUACCACAUCAACAAACAUAUGCUAUGGUAAGAGUACAUCCCACAGACACGUUCGUAGCAAAUGGUAUAGAUGACGUUAUAGAGGAAUAUAGUCCCAGUAGAAAUACUGGAAAUCAAAGUCAAAGGAGUUCUUAUUCAGAAACCGGAAUUGCCCUAUAACAAAUAAGAAAUAAAAAAAAAAAAAAGAAAAAAAAGAAAAAA